AAGCCGCAAUUCCUGCUUUCACCCGGUUCAUUUUUCCUUUCCUCUCCGGAAUCCAUUUUAAAAGUUUGUCCUGGUGAGGCAAUGAUUCCAUCCGCCUCUUUCUCUCUCUUCGAAGUGCAGACCGGCGAGCUCCAAUUUCCUUUGUUUCCUCUGCUGGCUACUGCGAAGUGCGAACUUGGGGCUGAGACUCGACCAGCUACGUGGCCGACGGCGACCUCGACCAACACCGCUCCUCCACCGGCGACCUUGACCAGCGUCCAGACUGCUCUGCGCCUCCGUGACUCCGACCAACACCGGCUGCUCCGCGACCUACCGUCUGCUCGGAAUUUUGUUUUCAAAACCAAGCAUGAAAGAUCUGGAAUACAUAGAGCAAGUAAUGGAAUCAGAAAAAUUUCUUUUGAGCUUUUAGAACUGAAAGAUGCCAUGGAGAACAUGUGUGGGAAUUCACGCACUAAAUGCUUGGCCUUCUUGAGGAACGAGCUGCUGGUGCACUAGCUAACCUUGCAAUGGAUGACAAAUGUAGCAUGGAAAUUGCUACAAUAGGUGGUGUACAUGCACUGAUUAUCCUUUCUCAAAACAAGGCUGAAGGAGUACAAGAACAAGUAUAACAAAUUCCUCAGAAUUAAGGACGUUAUUUUUAUGCAUAGCAAGCUUCAACUUUUAAUUUUAUUUUAUUGCCCUAUGGUAUGUAAAUCCUGACUAAGACGGUUCUAACCAAUUGAUGGGAUAUUAGUGCAAUUUGUGUAAUGAUAUUCAUAUCACGCAUUCAUUAGUCAUUAUUAUCCACAUUGCUAUUGCCUUCUUACUAUGCUGCUUGGAUAUGAUGUUUAACUUUUUGUGCAGCCCACAAGAUACGGUGAUAAAGAGACAGCAGAGAGAGUUAAUACUCCUAGAGUAGCUAUUAGAUUAUGUUUAUUAAUAUAUUUAGUAUUGUUUCUAACGAUGUAAUAUUACGCUUCUAUACUUUUGUUAUUGUAAAUUUGUGUUUGAGUUUGAAUAUUUUGAUAUAAUAUAUUUACAAUUAUUUUAUUCAA